CUAUACAGACAGAGCUGAGAGAUACCAUCAUCUCUAGCUGCGCUUCGCUUGCAGACGCUGCACGGGGUUCGGCACUGUCUCUGCCUAUGCAGUGGCAGUACCUUUAGAACAUAUAUUCCAUUAUAAUACACACACACAGCACAUCCAACUAUACUUUUUUUUCUCUGAAGUGCCGAAGGUCAGGUUUCUUAUUAUCGUAUUUAUAAUUACAUCAAACGGCUGGCGGCGGCAUUCUGUUUACAGCGGUGUUUAGUUACAACUACCACUUCUUGCAUGAGGAAAAAUAUAUCUGAUAUACAGUAUCGCAUAUAUACAGAGAAGAGCGAGGGAGGGAGGGAGAGGCAGAGAAGUGCGGCGUGCUGGUGUUGUAUGUAUGGAACGUUUUUCUUUUAAGAAUGGAAUACUACGGCGAGCAGCGCGUUCUUGCGCUCUGAACGACCGGACAGCCGCGUUCUGUCUUUGCGUUUAACGCACAUGCCCGUCUCUGACAGGUUUAUAGAUCUUUACAUUUACCGCCGCGCAUUGACGGUCUAUAGCAGAGACUCCAGCCCGCUCUCCCCGCGCACGGCACAGGGCUGUGUGAGGAGCGAUGGGCGAGCAGCACAGCGGGGAGAGCAGUGGAGAGAGAGGGCAAUGACUCCACCAUCACCCAGCGAGGAUGGGUGCAACGCGGGGAGUGUCUGCUCUGCUAAUCGCCUUCUGCUGCUGCUGGUUGGUGUCCGUGCACGCUGAGGUGCUUGCUGAUGGAGGGAGCUACCUGAACACAGUGCACAGUACAGAUCCUCUCUCCUGCACCGAUGGGUUCACAGAGCUCGGGUAUUAUAACGGCUCGGUCUCUGAGACUGACUCUGGCGCCCCCUGUCUGCCCUGGACUGAGUUCCCUGACUACCUGCUGCAGUACCCUGGGCGCGGGCUGGGGGCGCACAACUACUGCCGCAACCCAGACAGGGAGGCCAACCCCUGGUGCUUCUACCGGCUGAGCUCCGGAGCUAUUGGCUGGGCUUACUGCGACUGCAACCAGGGUGCUGUGCGCUUGGCUGGCAGCUCCUCCUCGUCUCAGAGCGGCCUGGUUGAAGUGUAUCUGAACGGCCACUGGGGGGCAGUGUGUGACUCUCACUGGACUGAGCGAGAUGCCAGUGUGAUCUGCAGACAGCUGGGGCUGGGUGAGAUCGGCACGCCUCUCAGACACGCCCACUUUGGACCCAGCUCUGGAAUCUUCCACUUCCAGCGACUGGGCUGCCAUGGCGACGAGGACUUCCUGCUGAAGUGCAAGAACAGGAAGUUCAUGACCAACGACUGUAAUCAUGGAAACGAAGCAGGGGUGGUGUGUGUGCCUCCUGAAGGCUCUGGCGCCCCCUUGAGGCUGGUGGGCGGGACUGAGGAUUUCGAGGGGCGUGUCGAGGUGUAUCACAAUGGGAGGUGGGGCACGAUCUGUGACGACCAAUGGGACGACAUGGACGCUGAGGUGGUCUGUAGGCAGCUGGGCUUCAGUGGCACACCGAAGGCCUGGUCCUGGGCUCAGUUUGGCUCUGGCUCAGGUCCGAUCCUGCUGGAUGAGGUGCGCUGCUCUGGGAACGAGCUGUCCCUGGAGGAGUGUGCGCACAGCAGCUGGGGAGAGCACAACUGCGACCACGUGGAGGACGCGGCCGUGUCCUGCAACCCCUACUCCGACGGAGUGGUGAGGCUGGUGGAUGGGGACAGCCCCUCUGAAGGGCGGGUGGAGAUAUAUUACAAUGGCGCCUGGGGCUCGGUGUGCGACGACAGCUGGACGGAAGUUAACGCGCAGGUGGUGUGUCGACAGCUCAGGUUCAGGGGGCGUGCGCGUGUCUCUGCUCCGGGUCGGUACGGCGCUGGCUCGGGGUUGAUCCUGCUGGACGAGGUGCAAUGCAGGGGGGGAGAGCGCUCCCUGCUGGGCUGUGCACACGCUGCCUGGGGGAGACACGACUGCGCACACAGCGAGGACGUGGGGGUGCAGUGCGAGGGGGAGGGCGAGACCAACGAGAUACCCCAACGCUCAUCUGAGACAGGCGCUCCGGUGAGGCUGGUGGACGGGGAGAGCCAGCGGGAGGGCAGGGUGGAGGUGCUGCUCGGUGGGGAGUGGGGCAGCGUGUGUGAUGACGGCUGGACUGACGACCACGCAGCUGUGGUGUGCAAACAACUCGGCUACAUGGGUGAGGCGAAGGCGCGCUCCAUGGCCUAUUUCGGGGAGGGGGAGGGUCCGAUCCACCUGGAUGACGUGCGCUGCUCGGGGCAGGAGAGCAGCCUGUCCGAGUGCGAGGCUCACAGGGGCGGGCAGCACAACUGCAGGCACAGCGAGGAUGCCGGGGUGAUCUGUCAGUACAGUAAGAAGCCAGCGGAGGGCGCCACAGACACAGCAUCGGCCUGCGGGCUGAAACCCGGCGCACAGGGACGGAGCAAGAGGAUCAUCGGAGGGGUCAAAUCACUCAGGGGUGGCUGGCCGUGGCAGGCCUCUCUCCGCUUGAAGUCUCACUGGAGUACCGCACGGCCGCUGUGUGGAGCCACACUGAUCAGCACCUGCUGGGCCCUGACUGCAGCGCACUGCUUCAAGAGGUUUGGCUCUGACCCCUCUCGCUAUGCCCUGCGGCUGGGUGAUUACCACACCGCAGAGAAGGAUGAGUUUGAGAAGGAGCUGCCAGUGUAUAGUGUGCUGCUUCACAGGAAGUACCGGCCGGAGAGCAGUGACUAUGACAUUGCGCUGGUCCGAGUUCGAGGGGCCGAGAGCCGCUGCGUCUCCUUCAACCCCCACAUCGUCCCCGCCUGCCUGCCCCCACUCCACCGGGGCAAGAAGUGGAGCAAGGGCUGGGGCAACAAGCGAGCAGCGACCUGCGUCAUCACAGGCUGGGGCGACACAGGCUCCUCGUACUCUCGCACCCUGCUUCAGGGCUGGGUCCCUGUCCUGCCCGGUCGGGUGUGUCGCUCUCGCUACGGUUCUCGCUUCUCUCCCAGGAUGCUUUGCGCCGGCAGCCUCUCUCACAGUAAGCGGGUGGACAGUUGCCAGGGCGACAGCGGAGGUCCCCUGGUGUGCCCCGGGGUCGGGGGUCGCUGGGUCCUCACCGGAAUCACUUCCUGGGGUCACGGCUGCGGGCGACCUGAUUCCCCGGGAGUGUACACGCGGGUCGACAAGUUCCUGCGCUGGAUAGAGGACGGCAUGCGUGCCACGCAGAGGGGAUGAACAGCCACGAGCAACACGCAACCAAACAUGCUACUAAACAUAAAACAAGCACGCAAUCAAACACGCAGCAAAACACUAGGGAGUCCUGGGAGUCCUGGUUUUACUAAUCUUUAAUUAGACACACCUGAGCUUGUUACCUACACACUGAGGCUAAUCAAGCUCACAGUAACGCCUGGAAUGCUAUGCAAUAGGAGUCUUAUUUCCAUCCCUGCAAUCACGUAUCCACACAUACAACCAAGCCCCAGGGUUGAACGUGUCCAGCUCAGCAGCAGAUCUCAGACUCUUAUUGCAGCUGGUAAAGAAAUCUGAAUGCUGUUGCUUCUCUCAGAUCUCUCCCCCAGGAUUACUCCAGCUCCUGCCCAGUAACUCCCGCUUCCAAUACAAUACAAUACGUUCUGCUCAGAGCUGUCCAAGCGCUUUGGCUAACAGACCCAGACCCAGACCUAUAACCAAGGGGCCAUAAAAAACAAAGCAAACCUAAAGGAAUACAGUUUAACCAGACUACACACACACACACACACACUAAGACACACACACGCACACACACACACACUGAGACACACACACACACACACACACACACACACACACACCUCAUUAAACGUUUAAACACAUUUUGCAUUUUGACUUGCACCAACCAGAAAUACGACCAGCUGUCCAGCUGAACAGCCCACAACACAGCACUAGACUGGGGGCUGCAUGUUCUGAUACAGUCAGCCCACAACACAGCCCUAGACUGGGGACUGCAUGUUCUGAUACAGUCAGCCCACAACACAGCCCUAGACUGGGGACUGCAUGUUCUGAUACAGUCAGCCCACAACACAGCCCUAGACUGGGGACUGCAUGUUCUGAUACAGACAGCCCACAACACAGCCCUAGACUGGGGACUGCAUGUUCUGAUACAGACAGCCCACAACACAGCCCUAGACUGGGGGCUGCAUGUUCUGAUACAGACAGCCCACAACACAGCACUAGACUGGGGACUGCAUGUUCUGAUACAGUCAGCCCACAACACAGCCCUAGACUGGGGACUGCAUGUUCUGAUACAGACAGCCCACAACACAGCCCUAGACUGGGGGCUGCAUGUUCUGAUACAGACAGCCCACAACACAGCCCUAGACUGGGGACUGCAUGUUCUGAUACAGACAGCCCACAACACAGCCCUAGACUGGGGGCUGCAUGUUCUGAUACAGACAGCCCACAACACAGCCCUAGACUGGGGACUGCAUGUUCUGAUACAGACAGCCCACAACACAGCACUAGACUGAGGGCUGCAGGUUCUGAUGCCAGAGAAUGAAGCUGACGAAGUCUGGGAAUGGCCAGUCUGGUUUUGAUUUUUACAGUAUUCACAAUCAGGAAUUACAAUCCAGAAUUUCUGCUAUACUCCUUUUUGUUCUUUUUGAUAGUGCUGAGCUGGAGUUACCGAGGCUAUCCAUACAGUAUCAUCUAACACAAUGUAAUGGAUGUCCUCCUAGCGGCUGAUCAGUCAGUAAUACUGACAUCAACAGAAGAGCAGUACUUGCCUCUCCACUCCAGAGAUUGCUGAUUAGUUGAAUGGUAAGACGUUGGUCUGAAUAGUCCUCCAGCUCUUGCCUUCCCAUUCCAUUCAGUGGGCUGAGAUGCCAAUUCAUUACAACACUGCUGCCUUGAAGAUCAGGAUUACUUUCAAAUCUCUCCUGCUCACCUACAAUGCCCUUCAUCACACAGGUCCCGAGUACCUCCUCAACCUGCUGACCAACUCAACUCUCAAGACCCACCUGUUCUCUCUUGCUUUCCAGGCUCUUAACCCUGAUAUUUGUUAUUAGCUGUUGUGUUGUUGCUACUUUUUUUUCUCGCAUCCACAAUGUUUUAGAAUUCUUUUUACAUCCUAGCCUUAUCUUUCAUGUAUUCUGCAUUGUUUUUCACUGUAUUUCAUGUACUAUGCAUUGUUUUUCACUGUAUUUCAUGUACUAUGCAUUGUUUUUCACUGUAUUUCAUGUAUUCUGCAUUGUUUUUCACUGUAUUUCAUGUACUAUGCAUUGUUUUUCACUGUAUUUCAUGUACUAUGCAUUGUUUUUCACUGUAUUUCAUGUACUAUGCAUUGUUUUUCACUGUAUUUCAUGUACUAUGCAUUGUUUUUCACUGUAUUUCAUGUAUUCUGCAUUGUUUUUCACUGUAUUUCAUGUAUUAUGCAUUGUUUUUCACUGUAUUUCAUGUAUUAUGCAUUGUUUUUCACUGUAUUUCAUGUAUUCUGCAUUGUUUUUCACUGUAUUUCAUGUAUUAUGCAUUGUUUUUCACUGUAUUUCAUGUAUUCUGCAUUGUUUUUCACUGUAUUUCAUGUAUUAUGCAUUGUUUUUUUUGUUUUUUUUUGUUACUGCAUCUUGUAAAGCGCUUUGUGAUGGUGGUCCACUAUGAAAGACGCUAUAUAAAAUAAAGAUUGAUUGAAGGAA